AUGGCUUCAGCAGGUCGGCCGCACUCUUCGGAAGGUGAGGAUUUCGGUGAUUUUUUUGUGGGGCUUCUAUAGCUGAUUCACCGCUGGCUUGAGCCAUCGAAAAACGGAUCCUGACGCGAUAAUGCACGAGACAGCGCCUGGCUCGUGGAGAGCGCAGACAGGACACGCCCCCUUAGCGUCCCAAGCUGGCCGUGAAUCAGCUAUACAGUCUGCACAUAUUUUCAAUGUCGAGAUUUCCCUAAAGCUCCACCCUUAAUGCUGGGAUGAGCCAAUCCGAGGGCCACAAGGAACUUUGAAUGACGUCAUUGGACUCGACAUUCCAAAUCUGAACACAAAAAUGCAAUUAUGUUCAUGAACGUUUUCAAUUAGGCACAUUCGCUUUUCGGUGUUGAUGCAUUUUCAAAAUAUUUGUUGUAGUUCUGGGGGAAGGGGGGUGAAGAGAUUUUUUGUUUCGAAACGCAUUACCAUGUUUUCUCAAUUAAAAUAAAAAACGGCUUCUUUAGGGUAGCUUCAAAAUAAUUUGAACGCGUCCAGUUUGCAUAGGCCAGCACAAGGACGGUUCAAAUUGUCGUAAAAUCUUUCAGUUUUGAUGAUUCAUUUUCAGUGGCCUGUUAUGGACUCGAAAGGUCUCGGGCUUCUGUUGAAGCCAAAAAGAAGCUUUUUCUGAUGCUGUUGGUGACCGAAGACGCCCAUGUAGCGAGCCCCUUGCACGCCGGAGGACUCAACUACUUUUACUGGUACAAACGUUCGUUUUUCAUCUUUCUUGUCACUCUUCGACGCUUAUUGAAAGCUUGAGGGCAAAACAAAUUUCGCAUGUUAAAAAUAAAACUAGUAAUAAACUUUAUCAUUUUCCAGAGUACGUUGAUCUCCGAUCAACGAUAGAAGAGCUCUUCGGCGACUCAGCUCAGAAAGGUUUAUUCAUUUCUUUUGUUCUUCUUACAUUUUUUGGGCACAAACAGGAGUUUCAAAUUUGAUUAAAUGAGGUGUUUGCAGAGUUCUUCUCCGAACACGAAGGACAAAAGUUCGAGAGACAAGAAAGCUGGUCCUGA